GAUUUGUCUAUAAAGAUCCGUCUCUCGUAAAUCAAACCUUCAUCAAAUCACACAUUUCAAACUCUUCCCCUUGAAUCUGAUCACUCCAAUAAAAAUAAAUAGUUAGCUCUUUGUGUACUCAUCAAUCAUACUCAAAAGUAACGAUGGCGUUUCCGGCGUGUGUUCAGUGCGGAACGAGGCAAAACCCGUGUCGGUGCAAAGUGGUCGGACCAACGCUAGGGUUCGUGGCUUUUCUGAUAACCGGAAUCAUCGAGUGGCCAGUUGGUGCGGUGGUUUACAUCUUCAAACACGCCAAGGGUCGCCGUAUUAUGGGUCACCCGGCCAGACAUGUCUAUCCCAAAGUCUCUAGAUCCAUCCCCAUUUGACUUUUUCAUCGUUAUCAUGCUUUUCAUUUUGCUUGACAAAUCACAAAAAUGCUUUUACCUCUUUUUUCUUCUCCUUAGUAAUAUAUGAUCAUAUAAGUCAAGAAUUAGUAACCGUUGUAUAAUAAUGACCAAAUAUUUUAAUCAUGUUAUGUGUUUCGCUUUGAGUCUUUCAGACAUUUGAUUUUCUUCAUGUAUGCUUUUUUUUCUUAUGCUCAUUGUAAUAUAUACUCUUGCAAGCUAAUAAAAUUUCACCAAAACAUAAAAAUUUGA